UGACCAAUCACAUGAAAGUAGGUUACGCUCGCAUAUGCGCAGAAGAAGCGGAGUAAUUUGUUGAUAUCCUGCUUAGUAGUAUUCACCUAGACUUUGGUAUUUCAAAGCCAAUUUUAGCCCCAGUGCAGGGGUUUGAUUUGCAUUUAGCAGCACAGUUAACUAGAACGUUAUCUAUAUGAAGGGCUGAUGGAAGACACAAGGGAUUUGGCUGAACGCACCCCACGUUCAGAGCGUAAGCGGAGAGACUCUUUCGGGAUGUUUGAUGGCUAUGACAGCUGCAGCGAGGAGUCCACCAGCAGCUCCAGCUCAGAGGAUAGUGAAGAUGAGGUUGUGCCCUCCAUCCCUGCCAGCCUGCCCAUCAUUAAGAACAAUGGCCAAGUCUACACCUACCCCGACGGCAAGGCGGGAAUGGCCACUUGUGAGAUGUGUGGCAUGGUUGGAGUACGAGAUGCGUUUUACUCGAAAACCAAGCGUUUCUGCAGUGUUUCCUGUUCUAGGAGUUAUUCCUCAAAUUCAAAAAAAGCUAGCAUCUUGGCAAGACUCCAGGGCAAACCACCUACAAAAAAGGCCAAGGUCUUACAAAAACAGCCUCUUAUGGCAAAGCUGGCAGCUUAUGCCCAGUACCAAGCAAGUCAGCAGAACCAGGCCAAAUCAAAAGCUGUGGUCCCCGCAGAGAGUUUUGACUGGGGUCGGUAUAUCUGUAGCAAUAACACAGCCGGAGCUCCAGUCAGCUGUUUCAAGCAUGCCCCUAUGGGGACAUGCUGGGCCGAUAUAGAAGAAGGAGUGAGGAUUGAAGUGGUCAACUCUGACAUCAGUCUCUCCACUAAAGUGUACUGGAUAGCAGAAAUAAUUAAGCUAGCAGGGUUCAAGGCUCUCCUGCGGUAUGAAGGCUUUGACAACGACAGCAGCAAGGACUUCUGGUGUAAUCUCUGCAUCCCUGAGGUGCACCCGGUGGGAUGGUGCGCUUCAAGUGGCAAACCCCUUGUACCUCCAAAAAGCAUACAACAUAAGUACUCUAACUGGAAAGCCUUUCUUGUGAAGCGUCUCACUGGAACUAAAACACUGCCACCUGACUUUAGUGCCAAGGUACAUGAGAACAUGCAGUUCCCCUUUAAGAAGCUGAUGCGGGUAGAGGUGGUAGAUAAGAACUACCUGUGCCGGACACGGGUGGCGCUGGUGGAGCAGGUGAUCGGAGGUCGCCUCAGGCUGGUCUAUGAGGAGUGCCAAGACAGUUCAGAUGACUUCUGGUGCCAUAUGUUCAGCCCCCUCAUCCAUAAUAUAGGCUGGUCCCGCAGCAUAGGCCAUCGCUUCAAACGAUCCGAUAUUUCAAAGAAAAUUGAGGGUCAAGUUGAUGCUCCUCCACAGUUAUUCCAGAAGGUGAAAGAUGUGGACCAGAAUGGGGACUGGUUCAAAGAAGGGAUGAAGUUAGAAGCCAUUGACCCCCUCAACCUCUCAGCUAUAUGUGUAGCCACUGUAAGAAAGGUGUUGGCAGACGGGUACCUCAUGAUCGGGAUCGAUGGUUCGGAGGCAGUGGACGGAUCAGACUGGUUCUGCUACCACAGCACCUCCCCUUCCAUCUUCCCUGUCGGCUUCUGUGAAAUCAACAACAUUGAACUCACGCCCCCUAGAGGGUACACUAAACUGCCAUUUAAAUGGUUUGACUACCUCAGAGAAACGGGUUCAAUAGCUGCUCCUGUCAAGCUCUUUAACAAGGAGGUUCCCAAUCAUGGUUUCCGGCAAGGUAUGAAGCUGGAGGCCGUUGAUCUAAUGGAACCACGGCUGGUGUGUGUUGCCACGGUGACGAGGAUUGUGCACCGGCUACUGAGGAUCCACUUUGAUGGCUGGGAGGAUGAGUAUGACCAGUGGGUGGACUGCGAGUCUCCUGACCUCUACCCUGUGGGCUGGUGUCAGCUGACGGGCUACCAGCUCCAACCCCCCGCCUCACAGAGUAACAGGGAAAUGCCUCAGUCUGUACCCAAGCAGAAGAAAAAGGCCCAGCAGUACAAAGGACAAAAGAAAAAGAGGAAGAUUCCGGUUGGUCGGCGGCCCUUCAGUCAGGCAGGCAGGAGGAGGAGCAGCUUCUCAGGGGACGAAGAGCAGAGUCCGCCCCCUUACCCUGCCCAGGGGCCCACUCGGCCCCGACCCCGAACACACCUCCACCAAACGCACAAAUCAGAGUCUCUCCUGCGAAUGAAAGUGGAGACGGCCGAGGUGGACGAGUUUACCUUCUCACAGGGCACCUCUGACCAGGAGAGCAACGGCUCUGGCAGCUACUACAUCAAACAGGAGCCCUGAGGUCACGAGGUCAGGCCAGAGCAGGACAAACUGAGUCAGGACCCACUUUUGGAAAACUCUAGCUAGGAUCAGAAACGCAGAGAGUCAAACUUGCCUCGAAUCACACUCAGACCAAUGCCACAGGCCUUCUAUGGAGUCAGUACACGAGAUGAUGACGACGAGGAGAAGGGCAUCGUUUUCAUUCUUCUGAAAAAUCCUGAAGGGAACAAUUUUCUAACCUUGUAGCUGUGUGCGUGCACAUAAUCACUCACAAAACCUUUAUGAUUGAGGGGUUGGAAAGUACCCAGGAUCGGGCCUGGGUCGCAAUUGUUAUGGGCAUUUACCACCCUCGGGUGACGCAACAUCAUUUUCUCCUCUCCAGUCUGAAACAUCCAACUGAACCGGAAAUGUCUGGAUGGAUUAAAAAAAAAAAAAAACAACAGCUUUUCUUCAGUCCUACAAGUUGACAUCAGCCCACCCUGCCUCUGCCACAAUCUGGACCGCGCACAGAGACCUGUAGAAACUGUGAGAACCAUUUAUUGAGCCAGGUCUUAAGUUUGUUUGUUUGUUGUUGUUUUUUUUUUUUUUCGUUUUGUUUUUCCCCCCCCCUUUUGUUUGUUUUGAUUUGUUUUCAGGUCAGAGAGUCAGCCACUGAACGACCUGAAGACAGAAGAGACCCUGGCAUUGAGAGGGCAGAGUUGUUUAUAUUUUGAUUAUUUUCUUCUGAACAAUAUUGCCAGGUGGACUUUUACUUUGUUAAUAGUACUUGAAGUUUUUUUUUUUUCCCCUUUGAUUUUGGAGUUGUUUUUGUCUUAAUGUACUUAUUUUUGCAUUUAUAUUUUUGGUGGCUGUGUGGGAAUCUAAAUGUUCAUUGUUUCUUAAGUGACUAUAUUCAUAUAGUAUGUGGAGACCUAUUCAAAUAGAACUACAGAUUAUGAAUAUUAAGGAUUGUGAUUUGAAGAGAGCUCUUAGUGCAGCACUGCUCAGCAUUACUGAUAAUAUCUUUCCUUUUUUUUUUUUUUUAGUUUUGUUUCUUCCAAUGUUGGAAUGAAGAUUUCCACAGCCGCAUUCAUUUCCUAUUCAAACAUUACAGAAGGUCUGAUUCAGGCUCAUUAGUUUCAUUCAUACUACUACUUUGUUACCAGCUCCAGCUUCCAGAUUCCAUCAGGGUCACCACAAUGACAUAGAUGCUGUGAAACUAAUAGGGCUGCAACUAAAAUGUUUUCAUUAUGGAUCCAUUUUUUUGAUUAUUUGUUGAUUAAUACUUUGAAAAAAAUGUGAAAUGCCCAUAUCAGUUUAUAAAUACAAAUAUUCAGUUGACACUGAGAUAAGAAGCACAGCCUUAUCAUUUCAUUUGAGAAGCUGGAAGCAGUGUCUUUAAGGGCAUUUUUAAACUAUUAAUCAGUUAUUGAGAUUAUUGAUAAAUUCUCUUAUCAGUUAUUCUACUAAUUGUUUCAAGCUGCACUUGCUGCCUUUGGAAGAGCUGCUUGUUUAUUGAAAAAAAAAAUCUACAUGGUGCAGCUUUAAACAGUAAUGCAUCUCAAAAAGAUGCUGCUCAGACUCACCUUACUGUUGUUUUAUUUAAUCACAUUGCAUUGGCCUUUCACUUUCGUUCUUAAUAUUCUUCAGCCACAAUAAAUGGACAUUGUGGGAAUUUUUUUUACAGCCACUUUAAUGUUCGAUUUUUGACCUGUAACACCCCUCCCCCAUACAACCAUACAACCUUUCCCUCACGGUCCAGCUGGUUAAACUGCCUGUAGGUUACUAUACAUUAUAUAAGCCAGGAAGCCAGGAUAAGCUUAAUCAAGAGAGCACAUAUCUAAUGAGCUAACUGUGUCGGAUGGCUUUGAUAGCUCAGUGUGGAGCUUUAGGGACUCAUCGCAGUAAUCAGAACUCCCAUAAUACCACUGACUGUGGAUUAGUAACUGCUCUAACAAGAAUUCAGCAUUGCUGAUGAGGCCAGGAGAUUUAAGAGGUUUUUUUUUUUCCCUGUAUAAAAAAUAGCCCUCGCAGUUAUCAUUUUGAGUAUGUGAGGGAAUUGGUGCUGUAAUGUUGAAUUGAAAUUAUGAAGCUGUGGAGAUGAUGAAAAGCUUUUUUUUUCAUUUGAAACAAAAUCACCUUAGUUUUAAAGAAGAAAGAAGGAAGUACUAAAUGAGAAACAAAUUUGCAGAGUGUAAGUGAGCAACAGGAUUUGUUGUAGUAAAGAGAAACCUUACUGGUAUGAUAGGGUAUACUCUGACAUAUUAUUCCCACUGUCCAACUCUACAAUAUGUACUCAGAACUUUACAGUUUGGAUGUAGCUGCUGUCAGAAAGGAACCAGUCUUUGUCAGACACACCGACAACACAUCUGACCAGUGUUGGCCUCAUAUCAGCCCAACUGUAUAGUGUAUUGAAAUGGUGGGGAUGCGGGUGGGUGCAUCAUUUAUAUACCAUCAAAGGUUGCAGUACAGCAGUAAUUCAGAUUGCAGACAACAAGCGUUUCUGCUCUGCUUUGGACCAUGUCUGCUGUAUACCUACAGGGUACCCAGGUACCCAUCUGGAACUCAUUUAUAUGGAGUCUGGAGUAUGCCAUCAGAAUAAUUAGCAAAGCAAGUUAAGCUAUGCUUAACCCAGUGUUAAAUUAUAGUUAAUGAAUACAUUUAAAAAAAAUAAUUCUAGUUUUUUAAUUAAAAAUAAAUAAAAAUAUAUUGGAAAAAAGAACUGCAGAUUCAUGCGAACAUUUUCUUAUUCUGUCUGUAAAUUCUAAAAUGGAAUGGCAGAAUUAAAAGAGACCAUAUUUCGGUAGCGUGCUGCUUACGCAACAUUAAAUGAAGGAGUUCUGACUCCUAAGUUACUAAAUAGAAUAACAACGUAAAGAUUGAAAGUCCAAGAAAUUCUGCAAUUCCAUUUUAAAAUGUAGCUGUAAACAUAAUUAAAAUAUAAGACAGCAUAAGAAUAAUGAAAUACAGUUAUUAAUUUCCAGAUUACUGGAUUUCAUUUCAUUUUUAUUUGAUGCAUCACUUAAAUGUAAAUUCAGUUCUUUGAAAAUUUUUGAUAAAUGUAUCAAUUGACUAUGAUCAAACAUCGAAAUUGUGGCACACUCAAAACUCCAUACAUUCAGCGUUGGUAGCGUCAAACUUUCUGUCAUCUAAAAUAAGACUCCUGUUGGACUCCUGUGAUGUUAACAGAAAAACUUUCUCAUCAUCAGUUGUUUUGUUGUCCAAAUGAGAAAAAUAAUAUGUUAAAUAUUUUAUUAGGUUAAUAUGCAAAGCAUUAGUGUUUUUCUAUUGCUUAGGUUGUUCACAUGUCAGAGCCAUAUGUAUGCAAGCUAGUUUAUUAUUCACCUGAGCCACAGAAUUACAGGUUUGUUGUUAAUAAUGAAACAUGAACAAUGCACUGCUUUUCCAAUAGUCUCUGAGGGCAACAUUCACAUAUGACGCCAGGGUCUAAAAGUGGCAUAAAUACAUAGAUUCUAUAUAGAUAUAUAGAUAUAUAUAUAUAUAUAUGUAUAUGUUCUUCAUGACUAUGAUGGUAUGGAGCGACAAAUGCUGAUUAGUCAGAAAUCCAUGCUUGGAUGUGGAAAAGACAAGACUCCUUUCAUUGUUCUUAGAGCUAGAUUUUUGCAGCUGUUGAUGUACUACCUCCUGAUGCUAGCCACGUUUAGCUAAGACAAGAGUGUGAAAUAGACUAUGGCAGUGUGUUAGCAUAUGCAAAUGAAAAUGAUUACCUAAAACGAUCCACUUGAAAACUAGACACCAAACACAUAAGAAUUUUAUCACAGGACAUGAGCUUGUCUUCUAAUUUGAAUGAUGCAAUAAUAAAAGAUUCCCAUAUUAUUUUGUUAUGUUAAAUAAAACUUAUAGCACCCUCAUGAUCACUACAUUAAUAUAAUUUCCAUAUGAGAUAAUUUAACAAAAUGGUAUUGUAUAACUGUGAUUUGUGUGAGCUAGGGUUCAUAUACAGAAUACUUGGUGUAUGGCCGAAGGCUGUAAUGAAAUGCAGAGCAGAUUUAAACUUCUCAGCGACAGUAAAAGAUCCAUAAUUUCUCUUUCUACCAGUAAGGUUCAUGAUUCAAUUCUCAGGAAGUUUGUGUUUUUUGUAUUUUUUCUUCCUUUCCUUUUUGGGCUGUGGGGGUUGUAACUACAAGUCUGAAUCAGCUGCGGUUUAAAAGCUCAAAGGUGUCUUCAUGUGCAUCUCACUGUUGAAGCAAAUAAUUACUGUAAUAACUAGAAUUGUCCAAGCAACCGAAAUAGCAAUCAUACUGGAUACUUGGAAUGCUGAAAUUGAAAUGCUAUAGAAUUUGUAGCAUUUACAUAUAACUCUGAAAAUUUGAAUCCAGUUGUAUGUAUUUUUCCGAAUACUCAGCAAUUAAGUUUUGGAGUUAAUUAAAAAAAGCUUGAAAAUCAUAUUUUUGAAAUCAAGGCAUUUGACAUUAAAAUGUUUUUAAAAUAAAAUAGGUUUUAAAGAUGAAAAUCCUAAGAGAAGAUCAAACUCAUGGUUUUCAGAGUAAAAUAUAUUACUAGUAUGAAUUUAAUGGUAUUUAAAAGUCAAUAUUUAGUUUUCACUUCUGUUAAGUUUCACAUUCAGCUAUUCUGUUGCUUUCUAGAUUCCAGUUAUUAUGAAGCUUAUUGGCUUCCAUACUAUUCAAACAACAAAGGUCUUAUCUCACUUACCAUUUCAUAUAUUUUUAUCUGUGUUUUGUAGCAUUUGAAUCUGUCUUCAUGUUAAAUUCUACAUGUGAGUGACAAAACACACGGAUGUUUGUUGCUUAUUUUGGACUCAUUUGCUUUUUGUAGAUUCCUGUUUUCCUUUUUUUCCUCAAGGAGAUGUGAUAUUUGUUGUCUGCCAGUUUUUUUUAUUUUGUCUCCUGAUCAGAUUGGAUACAAAGCUCAGCUAAAACACGAAACUUCACAGACCAAAUGAGCAAUAAAAACAGUGUCUCACAAUCAUUUGAAGCAGAUAGGUUAGAUGGGAUUUAUUUUCCUUUGUUGCUGGAAGGCAGAAAGAAGUAUUAAAAUACUUCAUGACCAAACUGCAUUAAUAUCUUAGUACAAAAAAAGACUGUUCUGUGACUAACUGCUGCUACCUUCCUCUAUAUUAACCCUAAAUAAUCAAAUGCACAAUCAACAGUUUUGGAUCUUCUGUUCCUCACUUUCCCUUGUAGAUAUUAAGCUCUCUUGUUUCACCUUGAUCCCCAAAUCUAAAAAUGAAACAAGUUUGCCCUCCACCCACAGGGCAUCAAUAGCUGGAGAUUGAAUUGAGGAUUGGGUGCACUGAUCAACUGAAUGCAUGUAAAACAGAAUGCGUCGUGCUGAUGUCGUGCUGAGCUUGUUCUUUUCGUUGUGACCGUCAUUGGUUGUUCUUCAGUCAGUCUGUGUUUUUCCUCCUCCACUGUGAUCAGAAAACAUGUUGAGGCUCAUCUCUGUCAAGGAAAGAAAAAAAAAAAUGACGUUAAAAUUUGACAUAAUAAAAUAAUAGUGCUAAAUAGAAGUUUUUGAAUAAAAUUAAGUGGUUCCAAAAAAAAAUUUAGAUUUAUUAAGGUGAAAUUCUAGUUUAAUCUUGCCUACUUUUGUAAUCUUAACUUAAAUUUGGACAUACCAUCUGCAUUUCAUGAUUUUUUACUCACUAUCAAAAUUUUGGCUUGGAUUUGAAUUUUUUGCUCAUGUUCUCAUAAUUUUCUUAGGAAUCAAAAACUUCAAAUGCAUAACACAUCCCUUACUGACUCAAGCUUUGACUUGCCAUCUGAUAAUUUUGACUAACCAUGAGUAUGUUUAUCUUUCCUUUUCUUUCUUUUUUUUUUCUUUCCGUGGCGUUAAUGGGCUUCUGCAGGAGGACUGGGUUGUGGUUGCGGAGGUCUUUCUGCACCUAAACUGGUUCUUCCAGAUGUGGGCAGUGAUGAGGAGCAAGCUGGAGUUGGAUAUUUGUUUUUUCCUUGGAUACUAACACGGGUCUUUUGUAUGUGAUAGCGUGCCCCUCCCCCACCCCACCUCCCCACCCCUGAUUAUAUUAAACAAUUAUAUUGUGGUGCUAUAUAUAUUUGAUAAAAAUGACUAAAUGUAUUGGGAUUGCUAUUGUCUGAAAAUAAUUGUGAGUUGAGAGGGUUAUGGUGCAAAAUUUAUUUUGGAUACAAAUGAAAAAAAAAAAAUCUAUGUUAAUAGUUCUAAAUCUAUUGAUAUUAACACUGACCCCUGAGGUACAUUAUUGCAGUUGCAGUUUAAAGUUUGUACAUCUUUUUGAUAGUGUAUACCAGUUUCCUUUCAUAUGGUAAAUUUGUGCUGUGAUCAAGCUUUGAUAGACUUUGUAAAUAAAGCCAAAUGUUUGGAUCAUAAUAUUGGUUGUAAUGAAUGGCUUCUUUGUUUACAAGCAUUGCAAACUGUUUCCGCAUGGCUGUGAAAGUUUAUCUGGUGAUUUUUGUAAGAUCUGACUUUUACACUGAAUAAAAAAGGCUUAUGACUUCAAA